AUGGCGGACCGUGCGUUUGCUGAACUUGAACCUGCCGCUAACGUCGUCAUACGCAAUCUCAAAUAUCUUCCCGAAUUCGCUGAUGCGAAGAUUGCCAUCAUCGGUGGCCUGACUAUUAUGAAAUACGACGUCGAUUUCCUCAUUACCGUGCAGGGAGCGCCCGCCAGUCAGCAGGCCGAAUUUCUUGUCUACAAUUCUGGAAAUGGAAAGGUGAUCCAGAUUGACAUGUGCCCGAUUGAUCUGCCACUUUAUCUUCCCUCUGCCGCGGUCCCGAUUUCGUCUAUCAGCACUGGCAAUCUUCCAUAUAUCUCCGAGCUUGACCUUUUGGUGUUCAAGAUCUACAGCUGUGGCAUGCGCCCCACAACCGCGAAGAAGAACUGUGACGCCAGCGACGCUGAACGAAUCCUUCGAGAUCUCAGCUUGAAGGGCCCGAUCGUGCUAUCACCUGUUCAGAAGACUGCGGUCUCAAAGGGAUUGGAUGAUCUAGCUACUUAUUCUAGAAAGCACAAAACUUGGUGGCUGGCGAAACUGGGUAUGAAUUCACAAGCGCGCUCUCCCCGAAAAGACAUGAUACGGUCCACACCUAAGAAAGCUAUCUAAAAGGUAGUUGAUGGGUGUCAGCACUUCACGAAAUGGUUCGUUGAUUCAUGGUAUGUACAAUAGAAGCUCGGAAAGACGAAGUUCCUUUCCAAAUGAAGCUCCAUAAUAGCUAGCUUUUUAACGCAGCUCGAUCGCAGGUAAUGCGCCUCGCGACUUG